CAGAAUUUGUUCGAAAGUGACAUCAUGGUCAUGUCGCUAAUUAUUUAGUUGUUACGUUGUUCUAAAAAUCUGCUUGUAUAAAGAAAAUUAUGGCCACAAUAAAGUCGGGAUUUCUUCAGAAGCUAAGUGGUUUGCUGAAGAGAGACUGGAAGCGACGCUACUUUGUGCUCUACCAGGAUGGUGAGUUGGUCUAUUACGAGACCCCGGGUAGUCAAGUCUGUGAUGGCAGGGUAAACAUCAGGCAGACCUGUCAAAGAAUUGAUUAUGCAUACGAAGUGGAACGUGAUAUACAACAAAAAGCGUCUGGCCGGGUGAACUGCUUGUUUUGUGUUCGUUCCUCUGUUAAAAAUAUCACUGUGUUAGCAGAUAAUGAACAAGAAGCAAGGGAUUGGGUGCAGAAGCUGAAUGAAUUAAUACGACAGCCAUCAGGCAUGUAUUCGGCUGGUUUUGCUUCGCCAAACUACCAACCAGGUAUGCCUUAUCCAAACAGCCAGCCAGGGAUACCACCAUACGCCACUGGUCAACCAGCUAUGGGUUAUCCAGCUCCACAGUAUCCUCCAGCAGCAGCACCAUACCCUGUGCAAGGAGGUAUGCCUCAGCCUUACCCUGUUGCCACAGCAUACCAAGGACAACCCCCUCCUUACAAUCAACCAAUGGGAGCCCAGCCACCACCACAAAUGUAUGGUCAAUACCCUGGUUACCAAACACAGCCACCUCCUGGAUAUGGCUAUCCAGCUUACCAACAUCAACAAUAUCAACAGGCACCUCAAAGUCGAGGGGGGUUAUCAUCAAGACGAGGACUUGUUGCAGGUGCUGCAGGUGGAGCUCUUGCAGGUGGACUCCUUGGAUUUGGUAUGGGACAUGCUAUUGGUGGUAUGGGAGAUAGUUUUGAUGGCGAUUGUUGUGGGUUUGACUGUGACUAAACCAGAAUUAGAUAAAGUAAAAUUAUAUAAUAUAAUUAUUUUAUCUUGGAAUGAAUAAAUUGUCACUGACAGGAACAUUGGGUUUGCUAAUCCAAAAGAGGAAGCAAGGGUCCUUCAGAUGCUAAUGGUAAAACCUUCUGCAUGUACUAUGCCAGGAGUAUUGCUUAUUUUUGCUGUAUAAAUGCAAAUUAUCAUAAAAAUAUAAUAUAACUGUAAUGUCAAAGAUUGAAAAAUCAAAAGCCAUUUUUGAUUGAAACUUUAUUUUGUAGAAAG